AUGCCAAAGCCGCUGAGUUUAAAAAAGACUCAUCGAAUCGAUUUAAAAAAUCAAAAAACUAUAACACAUUUCUUUAAAAAUUCUGAUAUCAAUGGGACUCAAAAAUUCACUUUACCGGCAAAAAAGAAAGAUUUACCAGAUAUAACAGCAGAAGUAGUGCUUGCAAAACGGAAGGCAGUUUCACCAUUGCAAAACGAUUCAAGCUUAGAACAUAAACAUCCUUUGAAUAAUUCUCACAAAAAAUCAAGCCCAACUAAACAUGUACCCAAAAAGCUUAAGGUCACAAACAAUGGUGAUAGUGAGAUUAUAUUGAAAGAUAAUAUUUUGCAUCAUAUUCAUAAGAUCCCAAUACAUGAUAACAAGGCAAAUGGUGAAUUAUCACCUGAAAGACUUAAACUUGAGUUUAUGGAAGAAUUUACAAAUGGUGAUCAAACUUUUGAGAAUUUUAAUAAUAAGUCACCAUUGUCCGAUGUGAGUACAGAUGCUAUAUUAAAUAUUGGAAAAAGUCCUGUUAAAUUGAAAUCCAAAAUGAAAGAAAAGGAGAACCAAGAAUAUGUUUUGUUAACAUCUGAAGCUCUUAAUAAUAUGGAUAGUAAAGACAUAACUAGUAGUAAAAUAAUACUAACACCAUCAAAAUAUUCUGAAGCCAAUGUCACAACAUCUGAGAAACAAAACAAACCAUGUGAAAAUUCACCAUCUAAAACUUGUUCAACAUCCAAGGUAUUUGAGUUAAGUGGGAAUGAAGUUACUGAUUUAUUUGAAGAACAGUGGGAGGUUGAAAAUUUUCAAGAGGAAAUCCAAGAAAACCUUGAUUUGACAACAAUGCAGCGUUGUGAGAUAAUAUCUGUGAAGUUUCAUACAACAUAUCUAGAACUAAGUUUAAGAAGUGAUAAUUUUAGUGGCACUUGUUUUGUUGAAGGAAUUUGGAUGGAUUUAAGCAUACAGCCAGGAGAAACUGUUAGCAUAUUAGCUUCUCGUAAUUCUUCUGGUCAGUUUCAUGUAAACAACACUUCAGGCCUGAUAGUUUUAAGACCCGACUAUCUGCUAUCAUCUACUAGUGUUGUAGCGGGGGUGUUUUGUAAGAGAAAGGCUGCAUUACAAGAGCGCUGGCGAGGGAUUGAUUCGGCUAAUGUAGCGAUGACCGUUGGUAUUUUAAUACAUGAGUUGGUUCAAAAAGCACUAACACAUCGUAUACUCAGUCCGGAACAAUUGCGGUUAGAAGCGGAUAACAUUAUUAAAGAAUCCAUACAGAUGCUGUUUGAUGCAGGUCUUUGUGAAGAGGAAGCACGUUCAAAUAUGGAUCUAUAUAUAAUACCACUAAGCGAUUUUAUGCGCAUUUACGUAGCUGAUAACCCAUUCAAUGGCAUGCCAAAACCGAAUAAUAAAUGGACUGGACAUAUAGAAAAAGUUCUGGAUAUAGAAGAGAAUAUCUGCUGCCCUCAGUUAGGUUUAAAGGGGAAAAUAGAUGCUACAUUAGAAGUCACUAUUCAUGAAAGGCAAAGUCAGCAGCGUGAAAUAGUGCCAUUAGAGCUGAAGAGCGGUCGAGCUUCCCUAUCAGCGGAGCACCGCGGACAACUUGUCCUAUAUGGCAUGAUGUUGAGUCUGCAGAGGGGAGAGAAUCCAGCUACUGCGUUGCAGCGUGGCUUGCUCCUUUAUUUGAAGGAACGCAUCGAGCUUCGCGAAGUAAGCUGCGGCUACCCAGAACGUCGUGAUCUCAUUAUGCUGCGGAACCAACUUGUUCAGCAUUUAGCUCCUGGGCCAACAGAUUGUCGAAUCGAUGAUGUUGAUAUAGAGGAAGCAGGGCAAAGUCUUCCUGAUCCAGUACAUCAUGAGGCAGCUUGUUCAAAGUGUCCCUAUCUCACACUAUGCUCUUUGCAUUUAUGGCACACAGAUGGCCCCAAGGUGUCAAACUCUCAUCCACUGUCAAGGCUACGCAAUGAUGCGAUUGGUCAUUUGUCCAUAGAGCAUGUUAACUACUUUCUGCAUUGGACGAGACUGUUGAAGCUAGAGGAGAAAGUUCAGUUGACCACGGCUCCGUUGCAUGCAUUGUGGACCGACAGUGUGGAGAAAAGAGUCAAGCGUGGGACUUGUGCAGCAAAUCUCAAAUUACAUUCAGUUUGUUCAUCCCGAGAUAAGUACUUGCAUGUUUUUCACAGAGAACGAAUCACGUCAGAAGAACAUAACUUAAAGAGUAGUAAAACGAGUGGUCCUCAAGAAGGUGAUUUCGCAAUAGUGAGUAAGGACAACCGUCCAUGGUUAGCUGCUGGUGUCGUGGUGCUGGCGGGCGAUACAGAAGUCAAUAUAUUAUUGGAGAGAGACUUAAGCAGUCGGCAGAGUAAAGAUACAGUAUUUCAUAUUGACACGUACGAGUCUUAUGCUACCACAGUACAGAACUUAACCAAUUUAGGAGUCCUUAUGGAAGAUAGCGACAGAGCGCAGAGGUUAAGAAGAUUAAUAAUAGACAAGAAAACACCAACAUUUGUAAAGCUGCCUCGCGAGGUGGGUCGCCUUGGUGCAAAAUUAAUGCGCUCAUUGAACAUAGAGCAGCAGAGAGCUGUCUUAAAGGCCCUCGCAGCUGAGGACUAUGCUUUGCUACAAGGCCUCCCAGGCACUGGUAAGACUCAGACAAUAAGCGUCCUCAUACAAAUGCUCGUCGCUUUGAAACUGCGCGUGCUCGUCACGGCUCACACGCACUCCGCUGUCGACACGGUUUUAUGCAGGCUUCCAGAAUCAAUACAAAUAAUGCGCCUAGGCUCUUCUGCUCGUGUCGCCUCCAAGUUGUUGCAUCGCUGCGAAGAAAAAUUGACGUCCGCCUGCGAAACUUCAGAACAACUGUCGCGGCUUUAUGACUCUAUGGAGGUUGUAGGUGUGACGUGUUUGGGAGCAGCGCACGCUAUGCUCGCUCGCACUUCCUUUGACGUGUGCAUUGUGGAUGAAGCGACGCAGGUGUUGCAAUGCACGGUCCUACGGCCGCUGUUUGCAGCGAAACGGUUCAUUCUAGUCGGUGAUCCUGAGCAACUGCCACCUGUAGUAAGAAGGAAUGCUGCGAGACACUUGGGUAUGGAAGAAAGCUUAUUCCAUAGGCUGAUGAGUGAAGAAGCGACUACCACGCUAAGGCUGCAGUACCGUAUGAAUCAAGCCCUGGCUGAUUUGGCGAACCGUAUCGCUUACAAUAACCGACUGAAGUGCGCAAAUCAAACCGUGGCAGAAGCUUGUUUAAACAUUGAUCUGCAGAAACUGUCCCAUUUGCACACAUCCAAAACGGAUUGGAUGCUAACCGCCUGUAGCCCGAAACCAAAAUACGCAGCCGUGUUUAUUAAUCUGGAAACAUUUGCCCCAGAUGGUGACGUCAAUAAGCAGAAUAAAACAAUUUCAAACUUGGAAGAAGUUUGCUUAGUAUUAGCACUUGUUGAUGCUUUGAAAGAGGGAGGUGUUAGGCCAUCGGAUAUAGGAGUAAUAGCACCGUACCGGGAUCAAGUGUCACUACUUCGUCGUUCACUAGCACAUCUACAGGUAGAGGCCAGUACAGUUGACCAAUUUCAAGGAAGGGAUAAGUCUGUAAUCAUUUAUUCUUGCACCAAGAAGGAUGAUGGUCAGAAGAAUAAGAAAGUUAAGGAGGACGAAAUAUUAAAUGACCAGCGUCGAUUAGCUGUUAGCGUAACGCGUGCAAAACACAAGUUUAUAGUUUUAGGGGAAAAUGUUUCCGAAAUGCCUAAUGAAUCUUGGAAAAGUAAGAGAAGAAAAAUUGAGAUGAAAAAAGAAAAACCUCAAUGUUUCAGCAAAAAUUUUUGGCAGAAACCAACUCAGCAACUUGCUAAUUCCCAAGAUGUUAAGCCAACUGAUCUAGCUUAA